AUGACGCAGCUCUUCAGCUCAUCGUCCGCCCAGUCAAGCGCCCAUUCAGAAAAAUCAGAAAAGCGCGCUUUCACUGGCCGACCGCUCUCGUCGAACAAGCAAGUCAAUGGUACGAAUAGUCAGGUCUCUCAAAAGAUCAAGAACUUCUUUCGCAUCAACAGCUCCGGCAGCCAUGACACCAAGGAAAGCGUCCACUCUGCUGAAAGCACCCCAAAGUCGGAGAGCAAACUGAAUUUCCGUCAAUCUCGGUUCCUCCCCCAUAUCGGUCGGAAUCGAUCUGCAACUGUCGUCAGCGAAGGGAAUGCCUUGGACAACGAGCUAUCCCCUACUGCGAACGCCAACCCGUAUUUUGCCCAUCAAGGCCCUCCUGCGAUACGUCAUCAUAAUGCUGGAAGUGUUCCCCCAUCUCCUCCGAGCACACCACCUCUACAUUCCAAUACCACAGAUAGUGCCAAUGGUACAAGUGAUCAAGCUACCUUAGCGGGCAAAGAGGAAUUGGCACGAAAAUUAAGGCGAGUGGCAUCUGCACCAAACGCCCAGGGUUUCUUCUCCAAAGACAACAAAGAUGGAAGACCGCAGACAGCCGAGCUCGGCAAAGAGCCUCUCAUUGAAGACGAGAAUACAGCUGCUUUGGGUCUAAUUGAUAGACCCGCUACAACUUCUAAUGGGCACCUUCUGCCUGUUCCACCGGGCACUGAGGGUUCUAUUCCAGCGCCAGGACAGAUACGAAACGCCGUCGCUUUCCGGAGGACAUAUAGCUCAAACUCAAUCAAAGUUCGAAAUGUCGAGGUCGGCCCCGCAAGCUUUGACAAAAUUAAGCUCAUCGGCAAAGGGGAUGUAGGGAAAGUGUACUUGGUCAGAGAAAAAAAGUCUAGUAGACUGUAUGCUAUGAAGGUGUUAAGCAAGAAAGAAAUGAUCAAAAGGAACAAGAUCAAGCGCGCCUUGGCAGAGCAGGAAAUUCUGGCUACAAGCAACCAUCCCUUUAUCGUUACCUUGUACCACUCAUUUCAAUCCGAAGAUCACCUCUAUCUCUGCAUGGAAUAUUGUAGUGGUGGGGAGUUCUUCCGAGCCCUUCAAACGCGACCGAAUAAAUGUGUCGACGAAGAUGCUGCGAGGUUCUACGCUGCCGAAGUCACCGCUGCCCUUGAGUAUCUCCAUCUUAUGGGUUUUAUAUACAGGGAUUUGAAGCCAGAGAAUAUCCUUCUUCAUCAAUCCGGUCACAUCAUGUUGUCAGACUUCGAUCUAUCGAAACAGUCAGACCCAGGUGGCAAGCCGACCAUGGUCGUUACUGGAAGGGGCGCGACAUCGUCUAGUAACCUGCCAGCUAUAGAUACAAAGUCUUGCAUUGCAAACUUCAGGACCAACUCGUUCGUCGGUACAGAAGAAUAUAUUGCCCCAGAAGUUAUUAAAGGCUGCGGGCACACAAGUGCUGUUGACUGGUGGACCUUGGGUAUCUUGAUCUACGAAAUGCUUUACGGAACGACACCCUUCAAGGGCAAGCAUCGCAACGCCACAUUCUCAAAUAUUUUGAGAGACGAUGUGCCCUUUCCAGAGAAUUCCGGAUCCCCCUCGAUCUCAAAUCUCUGUAAAUCUCUUAUCCGUAAGCUUCUGAUAAAAGAUGAGAUGAGACGGCUUGGCUCGCGAGCUGGUGCGUCUGAUGUCAAGGGCCACCCAUUCUUCCGCCAAACUCAGUGGGCCCUUUUGCGGCAUAUGAAGCCCCCAAUGAUCCCUCACCAGGGCCGUGGUAUUGACACGGUGAACUUUCGCAAUGUCAAAGAGAGCCAAAGUGUUGAUAUUGGGGCUGCAAAAGUCAAGGGUGUACCCCUUGAUUCCGGACUCACAACGCCCGGUGGUGAGAUCAGCGAUCCUUUCGAGGAAUUCAAUAGCGUCACCCUCCACCACGACGGGGACGACCAUCACCACCACCUCACCACCCAUGACUCAGACAUGAAUGGUACCCACGCAAGAUAA